AUGGCUGCUAGGAAACACCAAGCUGUCUGCGUGUUCCUUUGUACCUCUCUUAUGAUGAUGGUCUCAGAUAGGAGCUCAGCCUGCAGGACUGGAUCCCAGGUGGAAUGCGAGAAAGCCCCCUUUGUGCCAGGCUACAACCUGGCAGGAGAAGGUUUUGACGUGGUUAAGAUGCACCGCAAAGGUGCCUAUUUGAUCAACAUCAAAUCACACGUGAUGGACAACGAUACCUGUACUCUCUGCGAGAACCGAUUCCACGGAGGUCAGGAGCAGAAACUGCCAGCCGCCGUGCUGGACUGGAGGCCCUUCAGCCGUUGCAGCAAACAACUCUCCAGCGCUCUUCACCAUUCAGUUGACUCUUUGAUCAGGAGCUCAACUUCACUUGUAAAUAACAACUGGGCAAUAGACCUUAACUUAGACGAACUUGGCAAAGGGAUCUUGGGAGGUAGCCGCUCAGACAUUGCUAAGUUUGCCACAUCACAGCACUCAGUAGACAAGGCGACUUUUGCUCUUCAUGAAAUCAGCUGCACAUAUUACAGCUACAGAUUAAUGGAUCACCCAGAGCUCAGUGCUGAGUUCUCUAAACAUCUUCAGGGAUUACCUCAAGUGUACAAUGAUAAAACAAAGUUCCUGUAUCGGAAAACCAUUGAUACUUAUGGGACUCACUACAUUCGUCAUGUUCAUCUAGGGGGACGAGUAAGGCGGGUCACAGCCUUUCGAACCUGCCUUGCAACUCUGAAGGGAUUUUCUGACUCUGAGAUUAAAAACUGUCUCAACAUUGAGUUGAAGAUGACAUUGGGGUUUCUCCCAGCAAACAUGUCACUCUCCAACAAAUGUAAUGAAAUCCUGAAGGAUAACAUGAGCAUGGGGUUCUACCAAGGCUUCAUGACGCACAAGACAGAGGUCUUGGGCGGGGAGAGAUAUUUUCCAGAUCUUCUACUCCAACAAAGUCCAGCUGAGGCAUACUCAAACUGGAUGAAAAGCUUGCAUGAAAAUCCCGACGUUAUAUCAUAUGCCGUUUUCCCGCUCCAUCACCUGGUUCCUUACCCUCAAAUCAGUUUCAAUCUGAGGAACGCCAUCACAGAGUAUGUCGAGGAAAACAUGCUUCCACCGCAUCAGAAACACGCCCAAGUAUGUUCUCCAACACCUAAUCUAGACCACAACUGCUGUCCUCUGCGAGCGGGUCGUGGUUCAUUGACGGUCGCUGUGCAUCGAGCUUCAGGUUUGAAGGCAGAUCUUUUCACACGUACUGAUGGCUAUGUGAAAUUAUGGUACAAUAACAUGUAUGAGGAGACUGAUGUCAUUAUGGACAAUAAUGACCCAGAAUGGAAUAGUACUUAUGACUUCGGCGCAAUAGAAUUCGGUCAUGAGCUCAUAUUUGAGGUUUGGGAUAGUGAUGUGCUUUAUAACGACAUGGUUGGGCGGUGUGUGGUGUACCCAGAGCGAGGGACUCACUCUCACAGCUGUAAACUUAAGAGAGGCGUCUUUUACUUUUCCUACAGCACAUCAUGUGAAGCUCACCUGACAGGUUACAGGUGUGGAAGAUACUCUCCCAAAGCUUAG